AUGAAACAAUUCCAAACUACAAAAGAAAUUCCAACAACAUCAACAAUCACAUCAACAUCAACAACAACUUCAUCCUCUUCUUCAUCUUCUUCUUCAUCCUCUUCUCUUUCAUCUUUAGCAUCAUCAUCGUCACGAAAAUCAAAAAAAAAAGACAAAUCACAACAACAAACCAACCCAACACCUGAAACCGAAUGUAAUAAUAAUAACAAUACAACUCCUUCAGUAGCUCCCAAUCCACCAAGCAAGAGAAAAGGUAAUGAUCCUCAAACAAAACAACCAACCAAGAAGACAAAACCACCUGAGCCCUCUCCUAAAAAAAGACGUCGGUGGAAAUGUAUUAAAUGUAAGAAGAUCCAUAACUAUCGAUUAGUCGAUUUUAAAGGAGAUUACUUUGCUACCAAAUGCUCACAUUGCGAAUGGAAAUACAUAAUCUUUAAGGACAAAGCAAUAGCGACAUCAAAAGUAAAAAAACAAAGGUUUUUUUAUGGUAAAGGUGCAGGUCCCAAUAACUAUGUCCAAAAUGUAAAAGGUGUCCAAUAUAGUCCCACUCUUCUUAAAGAAAUAGAUUUCUUAGAAAGACGUUCUCAUUCUCGAUAUGGUGCCAGAGUAAAGACCUAUCUUUUCGACGAGUACAAUACAUCCCAAAUUUUUGCACCAAAGCUAAAGGAAAUGGAAAAGAGCUAUGUUAAAGAAAAGUCAGAUGCCAAACGAAAAGAAGUGUAUAAAGCCGCCAAAGUCAAAGCUCCUCCGGAUGAUCCUAAUUCUUAUGUUAUCAAAUACUAUUUGGAUGGAGAGACAAAGUAUUACAUCAACCGUGAUUUCAAUGCCUGUUUGAAUAUGGUUACUAUUGCCGAAUCAUAUUUAAAAGGUAAAGCCCGUCCAACUUUAUUGUGUCCAUUCAAAAAGGACAACCCGGAGGAUGAUUGA